CGGAUAUUCCGGAGGUCCGGCCGUGGCGCGUUGCGCUGAUACACCUAGGCCGCUGGCACGUCCAGCCCUUCUUCCGCAUUGCGUAUCAGUCCCAAUGGCUUUGGCUGUCGAUUUGUUGAAUCCCUCCGUGGAACACGAGAAGCGUUCUCAUAAACUUAAGCGUUUGGUUCAAUCGCCCAACUCGUACUUCAUGGACGUGAAGUGCCCCGGCUGCUUGAACAUCAGCACCGUCUUCAGCCAUGCUCAAACCGUUGUGCUCUGCUCAUCCUGCGGCACUGUUCUCUGCCAGCCCACUGGUGGUCGUGCCCGUUUGACUGAAGGAUCGUCGUUCCGCAGAAAGGCCAACUAAAUCACCA